AGUUUGCUUGAUAUUUGCUCGUGGCCCUUAUGGAAAACGAAGCUUUUAGUAAUUUUUGUUCCAUCCUUGAGAAGGUAUUAAAGACAAAAGGCACGGAGGAAAAGUUGACGCUAGUUGAGAGUUUUUGGAGGCGUGCUAUGAAAGCGCCCUCGUUGAUUGACAUUCCUGCCAGAAGCGUGUCUCCUCUUGAUUCGUUUUCCAUUUUACGUUUGCUCCUGCCUGAGCUAGAUAACGAUAGAAGAAGCUUUGGGAUGAAGGAAAGGGGUCUUGCAGAACUUUAUAUUAGUGUCUUCGAGUUGGACCCUUCUUCGUUUGACGCGCAGAGACUACGUCGCUGGCAGGAUCCUACUGUUCAGCAACAAACUGGACAAAUACCGGCAAUACCUGGAAAUUUUUUCUCAGUUCUUGAAGCAGUAUUACGACAUCGUUGUUCAGAUACGAGUUCUCUGACAAUAUCUCAAGUUAAUGAAUUAUUGAAUGAGUUGAACAUUACUUUAGAGAAAGAAAAGAGAAAGAAAAUCUUUCACCAAAUAGUCACAGAGUGCACAGUGACUGAAAACAUUUGGAUAUCUCGAAUUAUCCUAAAGCAAAUGCAUUUAGGCCUUCGCUUUGAGAGUAUUUUAAAAUGGUUCCAUCCUUCGGCUUUAGAAGAUUAUCGACUAAGGCAUUCAUUGCGUCGCAUGUGUGAGGAUUGUUUCCAGCCUGGUUUCUAUAUUGUUUCUCAGGAUGUCAUUUUGGGUCAACCAGCUUCCGUAUCUUUGGCUAAACGGCAGGAAAAUUUACAACGCAUUCCUUAUUUGAUGUCAGAUGGUUUCUUUCUGGAACCUAAAUUUGAUGGCGAGAGGCUACAGUUGCAUAAAAAAGGUGAAGAUAUCCAAUGUUUCAGUCGAAAUGCUUUGGAUACAACUCAUUUGUAUGGACCUCAUUUGAAGACAGCCGUAUUGUUAUGUGUUGAUGCGCAGGACUGCGUUUUAGAUGGUGAAGUGCUAUUAUACAAUGUGGAUAAGCAAGCAUUCGAACAUUUUGAUCAGAUAAGACAUUAUAUUUCCAUCGCGAAAGAUACCAAACUGGAUGACAAUUUUCUUAUCACUUAUAUGAUAUUUGAUGUUCUCUAUGUCGAUCAGAAUCAAAAUGUUCCCCCGAGCGUUGUAUCUUUUCCUCUAGAAACCCGCAAAGAGAUCUUGAAAGGAAUUGUACGUCCUUUCCAUUCACAAAUUCGUCUAGUUCCAUAUAAAGAGGGUACUACGGUGGAAGACAUAAAGCAAGCUAUGGAAGAUUUUAUUGAACAGAAAUAUGAAGGAGUUGUUGUGAAGAAUAAGAAGAAACCUUAUUUGUUAGGAAAACGAGAUGAUGAAGUGAUGAUCAAGCUAAAGCCUGACUAUUUCAAUGAUUUGGUUCAUGACUUGGAUGUUCUCAUUUUAGGUGCCUUUAUUGGAACAGGAUAUUCCAAAACUACAAGAAUAGGCAAACCGAGCCACUUUUUGAUUGGUAUUUUGGAGAAGGAUAUUGAGGAACAAGAUAGGAAUGUUGAAGUCAGUUGGAUUGUUAUUGGGAAAGUCGGAAGCGGAUAUUCUUAUGAACAAUUAGAACAGUUGCAACACAAGUUGGCUCCAUUUUGGAAGCCAUAUGACAAAAAGGCACCUCCUGAACAUUUAAAGCACAGUUUGUUAAGAGCCGACGGCGUGCCGGAUUUUUGGAUCGAACCUUGUCAUUCUAUUGUGCUUACUAUUUAUGCUUAUGAAGUAAGACCAAGUGCUAUUUAUUCGGGCUAUGCAGUACGCUUUCCUCGAGUGGCAAACAUUAGAUGGGAUAAACGUUGGUUUGAAUGUUCAACCCUUGACGAGCUGACUCGACCAUCAGAACCACCAUCUGCUAGUUAUAGUGUAGAUGGCUUGAAAACAAACAAGAAACGGAGAGCUCAACCUCAUCUCCGAGAAAAAGUUGACUUGAUUUCUGUCCCAACUCGACCUGAAGCUUUUGCACUAAAGUCGAGUCUUUGUCUAGAUGGUUUAGUAUUGUGUGUAGUUGGUGCCUCUUCAAACCAGGAGAAACAGUAUUAUGAAAAACUCGUGCAUCAAUUGGGAGGAAAAACUGUUCAGAGUGUGACACAAGACACUCGUUUCGUUUUGGCUAUUUCUCCAAACCACGUUGCCGUCACUAAUAUGGUUAGAUCUUUUCAAAAUCCAUUGCAAGCCGUGAAAAGCAAGUUGCGUAGCCGAGGCUGCCUGGAGCCAAAGAGUAUACUUAAAGUUAACUGGUUGUUGGAAUGCCAAGUAAAAGAUAGAAUGGUAGAAAUUCUACCUUGCCACGUUGUAUGGGCAACAGAUUCUUUAAGGAAAGAGAUAGAAACACGUUGUGAUUGUUGGGGUGAUUCGUGGCACAAAGCAGUGAAUGAAGAAGAGUUACGUGAACUUUUGAGCAACAUGUUUAUUCCAGAAAGUGUUCCAGACGAUGUAAAGAGUGUUAUUGCGAGCUGUCCAGAACUGAAGGAGAUUGAUUAUGGUGGUCUUUUUCGUUCUUGGCAUGUUAUUGUUGAAGACUUUGGGCAUUUUUGUGAGACGGAUGCUGCAGCAUAUUUGGUUUCCUUUUUUGGAUGUGAUUUGAUAGUUGAGAAACAAGAGAAAAUGGAAGCAGAAAGUUGGAAUGAUUCUUCUUCUUAUUAUUAUUAUUAUUUAGUAUCCAAUCAAGAUUCUCAGUAUAAAGCGCGGGGUCAAGUGCUUACCAAAGCAAUGGUUUGGGAAAUGGUUGAACGACAUAUUUUGCGAGAAUAGCUAUAGUAUUGGGUAUGUGAGAUAAUGUUUAUGGUCAAAUGAUGGCAAUAUUAGCUCUAUCUGAUAAUGAUAGUCCCACCAACUGGACAGUGAAGACUUUGUUUUUUUAUACCAACACCCAUUGACUGAUGACCCAACUUGAAGUGGAAUUAACUUAUUUCUAGUUAGGUUUUGUAAAAGAGAAUGAGAACUAAGAAUGAGAGACUUGAAAUAAAAUCGUGAACAUUCAAAAAGAAAUAUUUUCCAUUCAAU